UAAAAAAAGUUGAAAGCAGGUGUAACACAAAGUGUUUUUAUGUUAAGCAGUGUGCAGACUAAAACAAAACAAAAUUAUUAAUGAAAGCAGCUCAGUUUUGGAUUAAGUCAACUUUGUUAAUAUCGAGUCAAAGAGAACAGCUACAAAAAUGUCAUCGCCUAUAGCAACGGAGUGUUAAAUGCACUAAUACUUACAUUUACAUAUUAUAAAUGUCUACAAAGUGUAAAAGAAUUUAAGAGCAACAUAAUUAAAGGAACACAAAGUACAUCCAAAGUGUAGCAAAAAAUAUUAAAUUCCUCAACCUGUCGGGCACACCGCCUACGUCUCCAACACCGUCCAGGAGAACAAAGCGAGACCCGACACCAAAAUGACCCGCUUUCGCAUAAAAAAUCUUAAAAUCCUCUCGUGCUGUCUCAGUGUUUGGGUCACGCUCUUUGGCGGCGCCCUUCAUCUGGCACGCUGCAGUGAAUUUCCCGAGCGCGAAUGCUGCGAUUUGACCACCACCUCGACAGUGGGUCCUCUGCCAUUGCCGCCGCCGGCCCUGCCCACCGACAAAUCAUUAUCAUCGGCCACAACCGCCUUGGAGACAGACCUGAAUCUAACAAUUGGCCGUUCAGGUUCGACCAUUAAGGGCGCCAUCGCGAUAUUGAAUUGCAUUUUGGCGCGUCAAUUAUGCUUUGAGGAUCCCUCAUGUUCGGCAAUUUUGGAAAUUAUUCCCCGCGUCUGCGGACCCAUACCAGUGUCCUGCAGCACGGUGACGGUAACUAAAUGCCAAGCGGCACUUCGCACGUUGCAGGCGUUUCAAUUCUUUCGUCCUACCUGCCUGUGCAAGGAGCCCGGCAUGGAUCCCGAUUGCAAUCAUUUUCGGGAUUUUCUGUUCGAUCAUCCUUGCGGAUUUGUGCUCAAAAAAGCCGAAAAGGAUCCCUAUCCGAUUGAUGCUCUGCCCACGUGCAAUCAUGCGCUGUCCGUGUGCCAGCAGGAACGCAAAUGCCUAAAGCUCUUUGAGGAUUUCAAGACGCACUGCAAAGUGCGCGACAAUAAGUGCAAAAUGGAAAACAGGGAUGCCUGUCAUGAUGCCUGGACUAAUCUACGCCUAUCGCCCAUGUUCGGCUGUAUCUGCCCAAAUAAUCAUAUGAAAAAGCGCUGUGAUCGUAUUUUUAAUAUUGUUAAUCACAAUCCGUGUGUGGAUAGAAUAAUAUUUUUCCCCAACGGUUUGCCAAAGCUAAAACCAAAGCCGAAAACGAAGCCGAAGCCAACGCGCAAGCAGAAACAAAAGCACGGACCUCGCAUCGGCCAUGCCUUUAAUGGCACCGAGCUCUUGUCGAACAACAUCGAGUACCAGUACCAUGACGAGCCAAACAACGGGCACAGCAUGGACCAGGAACGCCAGUUGGCCGAGGAGGGAGAAGAGGAUCAGGCGGAAGAUGAUGAGGAUUCGGAUGAUGAUGACUAUGAUGAUCGCAUACGCGCUGAAAUUUAUUCCAACUAUCCGCAUUAUCUGCACCCGCCCUCGUGGGGCAUUAACAAUCCGUUGGUGCUUGCCUCGCACAGUCCGCACACCUCCGAGGACGACGAUGUGGUCGUCGAAGUGCCCACCACUACGCGACAUGGCCACAAGAAGCAGCCGCUAGAUGAGAUGGAGCGCAGUGUUGUAGACGAUGUUGUGGUGGUAGUUGAUGCUGGUCCUGGGCCGCAUCAGCACACGCACACCCGGCCACACACGCACACCUACUAUGCCCAUGGCAUGGAGCCGUCGACCACCGUGGGAACUAUUGGAUCCAUUGGAUCCUCCUCGAGUUCGCCUAACACUGGCACCAGCACGCACAAAACUGCACAUCUUGGCGAUUUAGUCGCCGGUAGCGAUAUAACCCACCGCACCCACUCCGCCGACACCAUGGAAGAGAGAGUAAGAAUAUUGGGCAUGGACGAGAAAUUGCAUCAGAGAAUCUUCGAUGAUAAUUUGGCGCUUAUUGAUACGCCAUUAAUAGAGACGGGCGGCUCGGCGAGCAGCUUUAAUUAUCCGGGCUCGGUGUCCAACUCGCUGCACGGCGUGCUCAGCUAUCCGUUCAAUAUAAGCGGCUUCCAUCAGCGCCACAUGGCAGCGGGUGCAUCGGCAGCCGCCGGAAAUGAGUCGCCAUUCGAUAUCGUUGAUACGGGCUACGGCUACGCCGGCCAUGGCAAUGGCAAUGGCAACGGAAACGGAAAUGGCGGUGUUUACUAUCAAAGUGGUCAGGAUGUUGAAGUUGACCUCUCAACGGAAAUAAUCAAGCAACACUUUCAGAGUACCUGCCACACAGCACUGGAUACCUGCCGGGAUGAUCCAGCCUGCUCAUCAUCGCUGCAGCCAAUGUUGAUUCACUGUGAGCUGCAUCGCUGCAAUCGCAAUGCGUGCAUGACAUCAUUGCAGUCCUUCUACAAAGGACCGCACGAGGACUUGAAUCUGGACAUUGCCUUUUGUCUAUGCAAGAAAGCCACCAGCAACAACAACAACAACAACAGUCCGAGCCAGCAGAACGGCAAUCGGCCCGACAUGUGCAUGAUUGCACAGGAAAAACUGCAUCCCGUCUGCGCACAGAGGCCGCCCGAUAACAAUAAUCCAGCCAGCUCCAAUGGCAUUUACUACCAUCCGCCGCCCGCGUGCCAUGUGGUUGCCGACAGCUGCAAAGAGGAUCGCGAAUGCAGGCUCAAGCUGGAGUAUUAUGAGCAGGCCUGUGCCGUGGACAGUGUGACCAAGAAGUGUGCCGGCCGUCCCAGUGGCUGUCGCACCGCAAUGAUUGGCAUACUGGGCACCAUGCUGCGCACCACAUGUGCCUGCCAGGGCACAGAUCCACAGCAUCUUUAUCAGUGCGUCGGCUGGCGUCGCCUGCUCUGGAUGAAUCCCUGCGUGGUUGAGGCACAAAAGGACUUUCAUAUGAAGCGGCUGGCUGAGUUGGGCUUCCUAACUACAACCACAACGACAACAACUACCACGACAACCACGACGACGACGACACGCGCACCACCACCACCACCGCCACCACCACCGACCACACCAACAACUACGACCAGCUUGCAGCCGAAGCAAACGCCAAGAAAGCCGGCAACGCAUAUCUUUAAGGCAAAGGAGAAAUCUGAGCCAGCAUCGGUGGAACACAAUUAUCUCGAUCCGCCCGAUUCGGUGCCGUUGCACAGCGGAAACGAUGCCAGCGGAAACGGCGGAAAUGACGAUUAUCAUGGCGGCAAUGAACACGACAAUAAUCACGGCAAGGGGCAUGCACAUGGACACGGGCAUGGCAAUGGCAAUGCCAACAGCAACGGCAACGGAAAUGGCAAGGGCGACCACCGGCGGCAGGGCAAGAAGAAUGGAAAUGCCCAAAACGCUGGCCUUGGCAGGCAGGGCGUAGAUUUCGAUGAUCCGGUAAUUUUUGUUGACCAAAUGGAAACAACAGAGCUGGUGCACAGCAUCAGCCACACAGAGCCGACAACCACAACGACCACAACAAUGGCGACCACAACAACAACGCAGCCGCCAAGAAACUGUGUGGUGCAACGACCUCAUCAAAGCGAUCAACUCAUUCGCGAGGGCAGCAGCAAGCGGAUCUACUCGUUGGACGACGCUGAAUGCAGCGAACUGUGCAGCUGCGGCGACUCGCUAACUCUCACCUGUCACGCCCUCUGCGUACCCUUUGCACCUUGCCGCACCGCUCUGGCGUUCUACAGUCACGCCUCGCCGGCUUAUCAGGCGUUCCGCGGCCGUUGCCUCUGCUACUCGGGACGUUUCAUCUGCAUGAAGCCGCCGCUUGGGGAUUACAUUCUGCCAGGAGGCGUCUUCUUGCUGCUGGGCUACAGCGCCGCCGAUGAGGCGCUGCUGCGACCUCACACCAAUCUGGGGGUGCAGGAUGCGGUGCGUGCCCUGCAACAAUACGUGACAACCUACAUCAACAAUCAGACGCAUUGUACAUUGACACUGUUCAACAUGACCGAGGAGAACAUCAUCAUAGCUGCGCGGCUGCCGCAUGAUGGCAAGCUAAAGGACAUCGAGCUGUUGCGCCGUGAAAAGGACGAAUGCACCGCGAUACUGAAGACCAUCAGUCAUCAUAUCAACACCGAGCACAAUGAGCUACAAUCCCACCGACUGUUAAGCAUUUUCAAAAUGUCCGAAGUCGAUGUCGUCUGGCCGGAAAGCACGAGCGCGGCUCGCAGUGGCCAGACAGCAGCCAGCCGCCUGCUCUCCCUGCUGUUGCUCUCGUUGGCACUAACCGUCCGUGGCACGCUCCGUAUGAGCAAUGCGCCCAGCUGGCGAGCGGCCGCAACAUGACACGGCAGUUGAAGCAGCAGCGUUAACUAACUGCAAGUGGUUUAAUUGUAAGCUGGUGUAAGGGGUGGGGUCAAAUACGAUACUACACUAAUAUAUAUAUAUAAAACAUUAUAUAUAUAUAAAACAUAUAGAGAGUAUACUACAUAGGAACAAGAAUGGGUGUGUAUGAGAUAUCUAGAUGUGAAUGUAGCUACAGAAAAAACCUAUACAAGCAUUAUACUCGAAUAUUCAGCAGCAUUAAAUGUGAGUUAGUAUAGUGUUAAGCGUCUACAUAUAUGAUAUAAACAAUUAGCAAAAUGUGUUGUAUACUUUUAGGGGCUAGCAGAUAUUUUGGGCGCUUUGUUGUUAACUUGAAGAUGCAGUCUUACUUUUUGAUACGAACUUACACUACAUGUGAGGCAUUAAGUAAUUGAUACACCAUUCGACUAACGAUAAAGAUUAACUUUACAUACUCAUAAAAGUGAAGGAAACAAACUGCUGUCUACAUAAUAAUUAUCUUAAAAUAAUGGGAAAAUAUCUACAAUUUACUAAAGAUAGCCAUAGCCAUAGCGUUUAAAGUAAAUAUAUUUACAUAAUGAUCAUGAAAAACAUCUGAAAAAAAAAACGUGUAAAUAGACUUGGUAAGUGUUUAAGGUUUACAUCUACAUAUAUUCUUACAUAUGUAUAUGGAGAGCAUACACGUAGCUAGUGUUUUAUACGAUUAAAGGCAUAUUAACUUACUUACAUCCAACAUUCAUUAUCAUCGCCACACCACACAGCCCAGAGUUAAUUGCACUUUUUUUUACAGUAAAUGCCCCAUUAUUGUUUUAUUGUUGACACAAUUAAACACAAGAACAAAAUGUGGCCAGCGGCAACCAGCAGUUCAAAUACCCUUCUGCUGCUUCACCUUUCAAAUAUUUGAUUUUAUUUCAUUCAAAUGUUUUUUAAAAUAAUAUUUAAAUUUAAUUCAAAAUAUUCAUUUGCCUUAUUUCUUGAGGACUCUCAUUAUCACAUCUUUAUAAAUCACUUUUUCGACAAUCCUCCAAACUUCAUGAUAGCAUGCGGGAUGCAUCUUCUGCAAGGGUAUACAAAAUGAAUGGCUUGAGCCAUAUUAAAAUUUUAUUAUAUUUUUUGAGGUGCGAACAUCUACUGCACACAUAUUGCUUUCGCUUCUGAUAAUUAUAUUUGCCCAUGUGAAAUACAUUUGUUAAUUUAUUUCAAAGUUUUUCACACAAUUUCCAGCUGUUCGAGGCGCGAAGAUAAUUACGGUUUCAUUAUCAAUUAUAAUUUGCAUGGACGAGCACUUAAAUUAUGGCGGUUUUCCGGCAUUUCUUUUUAAACAUUUAAUAUGUUCUUUCGACCUCUAGAUUUCUUACUGUAGAUUGAACUGUCUUCAUUUUAAAAGGUUUCACAUCGUGCAGCCCCUGAUUUGCUCUUCCCCAAAAUGCUGUAAAUAAAUUGAGAAUAUACUACGUUUUAUCAAAUACUAACAGUACAUAUCAAAGUGAACACCUAAAUAUACACAAAAUGCCGUAUUAACUAACCCUUUGUACAUAACUCUAUAUACAUAUGUACAUACAAAUAUACACAACGAUAUACAAAAGUAUGAAAAGCAAACUAGCAUAAACUAUGGAUAACAGAAAAAGAAGAAUAAAAAUAUUAAAAACAAAUAUUGCAAUCUAACCAACAGCAGUAAAAAGAUAGUAAUUGUACAUUGAACCAAACUUCAGUUGCACGUUAAGUAAGGUAUGUAAGAACUACUAGAUAUUGUAAAUGUAGGAAUAAAGAAAUGCUUAAAUUCUAUGAAUAUUAAUUGAGUAUUUUCGUUAUGUGACGCUCACACUCCCACAAACACACAACAACACACUUUAAGCCUAAGCUUGACCAUUUGAUAAAGGUGUUAAGCAAACUUCACACACACCCACACACACACACGCACACACUCGCAUUCACGCAUGUCUGAUGAGUGUUAUGGUGUCAAGUGUAGAGUGUAAAGUGCGCUGAAGAAAUGGUCACAAUCAUGAAAAAAUGUCUUCCUUAAUGCAUAUACAUGACGAUAUGUGUUACAUAUUCAUAUAUAUAUAUAUAUAUAUAUAUAUACAUAGUACAUGCUAACUUGAUAUACCUAAAUAUACUCGUAUACCUAUUAUACUAUACGUUAUAACGCUAUUGGUGCACCCUGGCCUACGCUUCAGUUAGUGAAUACUAGUCAAAAGAAAAAGAAUUAUGCCAACCAAAAAUGGGUAAUUCAUAUGAUUACGAUUAUCGAUUAACUUGCAAAUUAUACCACUGUUGACACUAUUAUAGCAAAAAUUAAAUACCUAAAAGCAGCAAAAUAAAAACGAAAAAGAAUAAAUACGUAUAUAUAGUACUUUACGAUACAUAUGAGAGAAUUAUGUCCUCAAAAUAAAUAUACAAAUAUACUUAAAUAUAUAUACAUGCAUAUAUAUACCACUUAUGUACUAAAUUACAUACACAACUUAUGUUCGAGCAUUGAGCAUUGCAAUGCACUUGAAUAGUUCCCUAGGCCACCAAAAUGCAAGCGACCUUUAAUGGAGAGAAACUGCUUUUAGAACAGCUUGUAGCUACUUAAUAUUAGACGAAUUUAAAGUGAGAUAUUAAUCCAAAAGUAAAAGCCGUUGUCAGACCGUUUUCGCAUAAGUAUCGUAAGUACCUGCAAUCUCAAUGGUAGACCAGAUAUUAUCCAAAAUCCUCUUCGAUUGUAUAAGGAGUUUGCCGGGAAUACUUACGCAACUAAUCUGCAUUGCAGCAUCUGAUAUCUGCAUAUAUGUAAAUCUAACCGCUCUAACCAUUCGAUUCUUGUUUAUGUCCCUUUUACUUUGUCAUUGUGCUCUCGGGGCGGCACAGCACGAGGCGCAGCUACAAUGUAAAGUACCGUUAAAAAGACAAAAGAAAAGAAAAAUGAAAAAAAAGAAUAGUCAAGAAAACUGCAACUAGAUCUAUACUGUUAAGGGAGAAACUACAUAGAAAAUGUAGCAGGAACCUAUGUUAAAUGAUAGCAAAAAAAAUAAAAAUAAAUAAAUAAAUAAAAAUGGGGAAAACAACAUAAAAUAUGCAUGAGGAAUAUCAAAUAAGUUGAGGAAUUCAAGUUAAGCCUAGCGACAGCAAACUAAACGGAACACAAUAUAGAAAAUAGAGAAAUAUGCUAUGGUAUGUACUUAAGUAAGAGAUAGAUGUAUUACUAUGUCGAGGGCUUUACAUAAAACUAUGUAAGCAAAAGUCCAUGAAGCAACCAGCAGCAAAAGCCAGGCAUAAGAGGGUCGUGGCACAUUUAUAAUGAAUAAUGAAAAAAAGCAUUGUAAAACAACAAAACAAAGAAAAGAAA